AUUGAAGUUGGCUAGACACUUACUCAUCGCUGCAGCUAUGGAACGUUAGACAUUUUCCUACAAUAUUUUCAAAGUGAAUUUAAAAAUUUUAAAAUUCAUAACCAGGCAUUACAGAUGUGAUCUUCAAUUAUUCAUUCAUCAUAUAUUCAAUGUAGAUUAAACCGCCUAAAACAUUAGCAUCCAUAAAAAAUAAAUAAAACAUGGAAUAUGUAUUGGACUUAACUCAAAGCUUUCUUCAUGCUGCCAUUCAACAUCCCUUUUACUCAUUUUUGGGUAUUUUCAUUCUUUUCUGUUUUCUGUUGCGACUGUAUAGCAAGGUUACCAUGGGUAUCUGCACUUGUGAUCAAGACAUGAGGGGAAAAACAGUUCUCAUCACCGGGGCAUCAGCAGGUGUAGGGAAAGCUGCUGCUUUUGAUUUGGCCAGGAGGAAUGCACGAGUCUUGCUAGCGUGCAGAAACAUCGAGAAAGCUAACAAAGUAGCCGAAGAAAUAAAAAAGACGACGGGCAAUCAAAACAUUACAGUCAGAUGGUUGGAUCUGAGCUCUUUCGAUUCUGUAAGAGCUUGCGCAAAAAACGUUUUAGAAACCGAAAGCAAACUGGAUGUCUUAAUUAAUAAUGCAGGAAUAUUAGGUGUAGCAGGACAAAAAAUGACACCAGAUGGUUGUGAAUUGAUCAUGCAGUCCAAUCAUUUUGGACAUUUCCUUCUCACACGUUUGCUCUUAGAUUUGAUGAAACGCAGUGCUCCGAGUAGAAUUAUCGUAGUGGCAUCUUCGGGUCACAACUUUCACAAAUUUGAUAUCAAUGACUUAAACAACAAUCGGAAUUUACAUUUCUUUUACGUUUACGCUAAUUCCAAGCUAGCAAAUAUCUUAUUCACUAAAGAAUUAGCCUCCAGACUGGAAGGAACAGAAGUUACUGUUAAUGCUCUGUGUCCGGGUUCAGUAAAAACUGAUAUUUUUGAUACAGUGGACAGUUGGUUGACCUUAGGAACGGGAUUUACCCACUUAAUUGUAGGCAAGACCUGUGAAGAAGGUGCGCAAACUACCAUCCACCUGGCUGUUGAUCCAGCACUUGAAAAGACUACUGGUAAAUAUUUUGUUGAUUGCAAAGAGGCAACCAUUGUAAAAGAAGGCCUGGACAAAAUGUUGGCUAAACGAGUGUUUGAUAUUAGCGAAGAAAUAGUUGGCAUAAAAUAUUGAAAUACUCCUAUUGUAUUUUCUUAGAAGUAUUAAAAACUUUUGUACAGUCUUCAAAAUUAAAAAUAUGACUUCGCAUCACUUACUUUUUUAUAUAUAUUUACUAUUUAAUAUAUAAUAAAAACAAACGUGUUUCGUAAUCAUCAAAAUUCAAUAUUAAUAAUCUUAAUAAAUUUUGAUGUCUGUAAUAAGCCUGAAUUAAGGUAUUGAAAUAUUUUUUCCAUUA